AUGGCCGUAUCCCAAGCCUCCCCUACCUCCCGCUCAAACGCAAGCCACUGGCUCCAAUAUUUCACCCUUGACCUCGUCCUCCGCGCCCUCAAUAGAACCUUCCUCCACCCAUUCAUUGCCUGGCUCAUACCACUGUGCCUUCGCGCGCAGGUGACGCCCUUCUCCCACCCGUCGUUUAUCAUCGCAACCGCGUACGCGACCGUCCUCACCCUCCUGUACGCCGUCGCAGUGAUAAACAAGCGGAUUGCAUACGGACUCCCUCGUGAUGUGGACUUGGAAGAGGAAGUGGUCGUGGUUACCGGUGGAGCCAGCGGGGUUGGGUUGCUGAUUGCGCAGAUGUAUGGAAUGCGCGGGGUGAGUGUUGCAGUGCUGGAUGUCAAACGACCGGAUGAGAAGCAGGGCCUUGGGUUUGAGGAAAUGCCCAGUGUGGAGUAUUAUCAGUGUGAUGUUGGUGAUAGAAGCCAGGUGGAAGAGGUGGCUAGAAGGAUAGAACAUGAUCUCGGGACUCCAACUAUUUUGAUCAAUUGCGUGGCUGCAUCCAUAAAUGGCCUUCCUCUCCUCGACCUCCCCCACAGCGCCAUACAGAAAACUAUACACGCAAACCUAAGUUCCUUUUUCCAUACCCUGCAAAUCUUCCUCCCUGGAAUGCUGGCAUCUCCCAGUGGUGGAACGAUAGUCACUGUUAGCUCCGUCCUCGGUUACCUCACUGCAGCUGGUCUGUCGGAUUACACAGCUACAAAAGCAGCCAUCACUGCUGCCCACAGGACCUUGGAAGCAGAACUGCGCCUGUCUGACGCAGGCGAGAAAGUGAAAACAAUUUUGGUGGAGACAGGACAAAUAGCGACGCAAUUAUUUGAACGGGUUGAAACCCCAAAUAACUUUUUUGCACCCAUCCUGCAGCCUGUCCAAGUUGCUCGAGAAAUCGUUUCCGUAGUCGACAGCGGGAAUGGUGGUUUAAUCAGGAUGCCCGCGUUUGCGUCCCUUGUGAGUUGGUAUACCGUACUACCAGCCUCCAUCCAGAAACUCGCCAGAUAUGUUAGCGGAAUUGAUAGAGCCGUGCAGAAAGCGGGUUAUGCGGUAGAAAAAGAUUCCUCGAAGCGCUCCAAGGCCGACUGA